GAAAUAAUCACUUAAAAAUGAAUAGCUUCAAAAAGCAAGAAGACGAUGUCGUUAUCGAUGAUAAAAUUGAUGAAAGCAAGGAAAACCAAGCAUCAAUUCGAAGUGAUUUCGGAGAAAAAUGGUUAUUCGAAGAUUACGAAAUCGGGCAUAAUGGAAUUUCAGUGGUCAAUACGAAAUUACCAGACAGCAUUACAACGUGGAUGAUACAAGCUGUUAGUGUAUCACCUCAAUGGGGAAUGUGUGUUACCGAUGUCAUAGAAAUCAAAUCAUUUAAAAGAAUCUUUCUUCGAUUUAAUAUCCCAUAUUCUCUCGUACUCAACGAACAGUUGGAUUUUCAAGCAACUGUAUUCAAUUAUUUUCCGCAGAAAAUACCGGUAACUGUUUAUAUGUAUGGAGUGAAGAAUCUACGUAGUGGAGUAAAAGAAGGAGAGAAAGGCGAACAAAAGAGAAUCACAGUCGCACCUAAUUCUACAGGAACGGUGCAUUUUUCAAUUGUUCCAUUAGUGGCUCAGGAUUAUCUCAUUCGUGUUGUGGCUCUAAGUCCUUAUGGAAAGGAUAUUGUAGCCAGAAAAUUACAUGUGGUGAUUUCAUAUUAAGCAUAAAAAUCACAUUGUGUAUCAAAUUCUAUAUGUGAAAAUAUUGAAUUUGAGUUUGCAAUCCUCUUACAAUUCUGAUGAAACAACAUGGAGUAACUGGUGUAACUACUGAAAGUAACUUCUGAUUAAACAACAUUGGAGUAACUACUAGCUGCUACUGAAUAACUAAAUGGCACGACUUUUAAUCAUUGUAGUGAGAGUUCAAAUUGUGGGAUAUUACGCCAUGCUCGUUUUUCUGAGAGCAGCAAAGAGAAAUUGAUGAAGAUGCGACUGAGGAAAUGGAAUAUUUUAUCACUUUAGAUCCAACAAACCAACAAAAAAGAAGGACUAGAAAUAUCGUUUCCGAUGUUUUAUCAGAUAUUACAGAUGCAUCGAAGCAGCUACAAAAAAUCAAAUUUAGUCUUAAACCUGGAAAAACACAUAUUCCUGGUAGUGAGAUGGCUGUUAUAUCUUUAG